GCUGCGGGUGUCGGGCGGGACGGCGCUGCUCCCGCGAGACGUGGAGCGCGAGUGGUGGAGGCGCCUGCUACACGGGCAGCGGCUCGUCGUCAGAUGUAGCGACGACCCUGUCGACCACGAGCGAGCGAUGCUUUUCCCAAGCCUGCCGCCGGGGACAUGGGCGGCGCGGACCCCCGAUGGCGACGAGUACGAGGAGGACUUCACGGGAGCCGAUCCUCAGAUGGGGCCGGAGGGAGCGGCGCUGAUGCCAGUCGGCGGCGGAGCGCCCGAGGGUUGGCCGCGGCCGAUCUACCGCUUCCGUGCCGCCCUCACGGCCGAGGGGCUGCGGGCGGCGAUCGGGCGCGGCCGCGCGCUGGUGGAGGCGCGCCUGCCUGGCAUCACGCUGGAGCCGCCGGCCGAGGUCGCAGGCCCUGGCGAUGCGCUGGUGGAGUGGGCCACGUUCUUCGGCGAGGCGAAGCGGCCCGCGUCGCUGCGAUUGCGGGGAAAGCAGCCGCUCGCCCCGCUGGAGGACGAUCGCGCCUGGGUCGUCGCGGAGCCCACGGAGAGCGCUGUGGUCGGCACCGCGGUCGAUCGGGCAGACCCGCGGUUCGUCUCCACGACGGCGCUGGCAGGGCUGUUCGUCUUCGCGGAGGGCCCCCGCCGUAUAGAGGCGCUGCAGGCGGAGGAUCUUCCAGGGUAUGCGGCGAGGCGGCGCAGGGAAAUGGGCCUCAGCGACUUCCGAGCGGCGGAGGCGGAGCGUGGCGGGUCAGGACCUGCAGCAGCCGCCGACCUUCGCGAACGCCUGGGCCGAGCCGCUGGCGCUGGGGGUGGGUCGCGUCCCGAUAGAGUGAGUGGCGCGGCUGCUCCGCCGCCCGCGGGCGCCGGGGCGGACGGGGGAGAUCUCCGCAUCCUGGAGGUGGACUACGACGCGCAGGGCGAGAGGCACAAACCCUUCAGGACCGCCUGCCGCAAGUCCUCGCAGGAGGCCUUCCCAGACCAGCCGAUCGAGGGCCCCGCCUCGGCCCUGACGGUGUGCAAGAACAUGGAGCGCACCAGCGGCGACCCGAGGUUUUUGCAACAGUUCGCCACGCGCAAGAUGAAGGAGCAGCAGGAGGUCCAGGUGGUGCUGGCGUUCGGCAAGGGGCCGCAGCGCGUGGACGGCGACGGCCCUCAGGACGACGGCAAGGGCCGUGCCAGGGAGCUGCCCCCGCUGCCUCGCCGCUGGCGCCUGCCUGAGCUGCCCGCGGUCGGCUCCACGCGGAGCCUGGUCCUUCGGCGGCGCGAGCGGCUGGUGUUCAAGAUGGGUAACGAGGCGGUGGGUGCACUGAACUGGCUGGCGGGCUUCCGAAGUGACCCGUCUUAUUUCGAGCCCGACUCGAUGCAGCUCGAAGUUUUGGAGCGAAUGUAUGAGUUGGCCUCGAGGCGGUACCCGGGUCCUGGCGUUCCCAGUGAAGGCGCGGCCGUUCGCCGGCUGCUGCGAGGGCGCACGCCGUGCGAUGGGGCGGGGUGCCUCACCCGUGUCGCGCCCUUCAAGAAGGGCCUCGUCUCCUUGCCCGAGACAGUGGAGGGCUGCCCGCCGUUCGAGGGCGUGGCCCCGCCCGAGGCCCAGCGCUUCCUGAAGGGGCACCCCGAGCGCACGCUGCGCGCCGACAGCCCCCCCUCCUCAGCGACGCCUUACUUUGACCCCGCGCUGAAGCGCAGCGCGAAGACCUACAGACAGUUCAUCGCCGACUUGCAUCGCCGUGGCCUGAUUGGUUGGACCAGACGCCCUCGCUGCCAGGUCGGCCUCUUUUUCGUCGAGAAGGAUGGCGGUCAGAGGCUGCGGCUUAUCCUGGGCGCCAGGCCUGCGAACUUGCUUUUCGAGUCGCCGCCCGGCGUGGCCCUCCUCAGCGCCGAAGGCCUCAGCCGGGUGGAGAUCGCUCUUCCUGAAGAUCUGGGCCCUUGGAGUGAGGGGGCCCACCAGCUCCUGCGUGGCUACUCCCUGCGCUUGGGCCUCGCCGACGUCAAGGGCUGCUUCCGCGGGCUGCGACUCCCUGGAUGGCUCUCUGAGUACUUCUGCCUUCCUGAGGUACCUGCGCACCUGCUCGGCGCCGAGGGCCAGUUUUGGGAAGGUAGGACACUGGGGAGGCGCGAUCUGGUUAGUCCUUGCUGGGCCGGCUUCCCGAUGGGCUUCGCGUGGAGCUCGCGGGCGGACCAGCGCAUCGACGAGCAGCGGGCGCGCGCCAUCUGUCCCCAGUUGCUCGAGAGCCCGCUGACUGGCCACGUCUUGCACUGCGCGCACGUCGACAACCUAGGCGCGGCGUCCACUGAGGAGCCCCUCGUCUCCGAUGCGAUUGCCCAGCUCGUCGAGGGCUUCGACCAGCGGGGCUUGCUCCUGCACGGCAGCUCGGUGGGCACCGACGCCGAGACGUUGGGCGCCGAGGCGCUCAACGGUUUGCUUCGCCGCCGUCGCCUCACUGGAUGGGCGGUGGAGGUGCUGGUGGGGCAUUGCGCCUUUGCGGGCCUGCUAUCGCGCGGGACCUUGAGCGCGUUUCACACCGUGUACGCCUUCAUGCGGAAGUCCUACGCCGAGCCGCGUGUCCUGUGGCCUGAGGCGCGCCAGGAGCUGGAGACGUUCCGCGGCCUUCUCAUCUUCUUGGAGAGCGACUGGGCGCUGCAGUGGAAAGAUCUGGCAGUGGCCACCGACAGCAGCCUUGAGGCGGGCGCCGCCUCGACCGCCCGCUGGCCGCGCGCCCUGGCGGCCGAGGCGGGCCGCGCGCAGGAGCGCGCUCGCUUCCGCGAGCCCGUGGCGGCAGGGGCCGGGGGAGCUGCGGACGGCGAGCCCGUCGCCCGCCGCGGCGCCCGUGAGACUGCGCUGGCGGCGGCCGGCUUCUGGCGCGAUGAGCGCGGCGAGUGGCGGCUGGCGGAGACAGCCGAGGGCGACCCGCUGGCUGGCGCGCGGGAGCCCAACCCGAGCUUCCCCGAGGUGCCCGCGGCGGGGCCGGCGAGCACCUGCUGGCGGACCAAGCAGGUGCAGCGCUGGCGUUUUGAUGAGGUCAUUCAUAUCAAGGAGGCCCGGGCGCUGGCGAUGGGCGCCCACCGCGUGGCCCAGUCAGUGUCCGGCGCCGCCUGCCGCCAACUGAUAUUGCCGGAUAACAUGUCAGUGGUGUUAUCUGUCAACAGGCGGCCGCGCUUGCUGGAGAGGCCGGGCCCUGCCGCGCCUGGCUCGCCGCCGCCGCGACAGCUGGUGCCUCGCGAGGCGGGCCGCCGGCCCCCGCAUCGCCCUCGCCGCCUGGCGAGGCUCACUGCAGAGCAGAGGUCGCUGGAUUGGCUGUCCCGCCUGAGCUUGGCGGCGCUGCCACCGACGCCGAAGCUCCCCGAGCGCGACCAGGGGCUCCGGUCCCUCCCCCAGGACUGGCCGCGCCAAGUCGCGGUCGACAGCGACGACGGCAACGGCGCCUCCGACGAUCAGCAGGCCGUGCCAGCAGGCGAGCGGCGGGAGAGGGAGCUGCUCAGGAGGGCCAAUCGGCGGAGGCGCGCGUACAAGGCCGAGGCGCUGUUGGACAGCGCAGCGGGGGAGGGCCAGACGUUCCUGGACAGGCGGUCGGCGUUCGCGCCCGCGCGGAGCCGCUGCGCCCAGGAGCUCGACUCUUUCCUGGAUUUCUGCGACAGCCAGCCGAUGCGAGCUCUGACGUCGGCCAGCGAGGUGGACGAUGCAAUUGUCGAUUCUAUGAACGACCUGUUCUUCGAAGGCCAGGAGUCGGCAAAGGGAGAUCAGGUCAUGGCAGGCCCCACGUUCAGGUUCCCAGUGUUCUCGAAGCAAGGGGAGGCCGAGAUGCCCCGAGCCUGGAGGUGCCUCCGGGGUUGGCGCAAGCUGGCGCCUGGGCGGAGCCGCCGCGCAUGGCCGCUGGCCCUCUGGCGCGGGCUCGCCUGGCGCAUGGUGGUGAGGAAUGCGCUGCAGAUGGCCGUGUUCUGGCUCACGAUGGUGUCGGGUUACUUCAGGUCCAGCCGCCUGCUCGCCCUGGCGCGCGGCAACAUCGCGCGCCGCUGGUGGCCCCUGCUGCUGCGCCCGAACGACAAGCCGCCGCGGGGCGAGGCAGGCCUGGCCGACGUCGGGGCGAUGCUAGACAGCGCUUGGUUUCAGCGUGCCACGCCCAGCUUCCGGAGUUCA